AUGGGAACAGAUGCAGAAGCAACACAUAUUGCAGAAAGAGAGAAUUUUGAGAAUUCAUAUUUUACUUUGAUCGCACGAGUCGAGGAAUAUAUUGAGGGAGCCUCCGGUGUACGAUCUCAACCAUUGGAGGCCGUUGCAGGCGGUUCAGUUACGUCAUGUACAGUAUCUGAUAUACAACCUGCUGUGAAGCUACCUACUAUUCAGUUGCCGUCAUUUGACGGAGAUUAUAAUGAUUGGGUCAGGUUUCGGGAUACAUUUAUGUCUUUGAUUGAUUCAAAUGAUUCAUUGACGAAGGUGCAGAAAUUUUAUUAUUUAAAUUCUGCUCUCAAGGGUUCAGCAGCUCGUGUGAUUAGAUCAUUGGGAGUAUCAGAAGCUAAUUAUAAAUUGGCAUGGGAUGUACUUAAAGCGAGGUAUGAGAACACGAGUGCUUUAAAGCGGCAUCAUGUUAAUGCGUUGUUGGAUUUACCAACGCCACAAAAGAAUUCUCAGGCAUCUGUGCGCGAAUUUAUUGAUGAUGCAACAAAUCAUUUGAUAGCUUUGCGUGCAUUGAAGGUUAGUGUAGAUGCUUGGGACCCCCUGAUUGUUCCGAUCUUGUCCAGGAAAUUGGACAUAGCUUCUUCAAGGGAAUGGGAAAAACGUGUAGCCUCAGUUUCGGGUGAUACUACGUUUAAAAUGUUCGCGGAAUUUUUAGAGGAGAGAUCAACUUAUUUAGAAAGUGUUGCGGUCAAUAAUCAGGUAACGGGAAGUCGGGUAGAAACACAGCUACAAGGUUCGACCGUUCGUAAAUCGCCGCGAUUAACGUCGCAUAUAGUUAGUAAAACACCAAAUUGUUCAUGUUGUCAAUCAGAGCACGCAUUGGCUAAUUGUGACAAAUUCAAAAAGAUGAGUGUUAGAGAAAGAACGAAGCAUGUACAGGAAUCGCAACAUUGUUUUAAUUGUUUGCAGCCAGGGCACAGAGUUCAAGGUUGCACGCGCAAUCACUGCAAAAUUUGUAAAAGGAAACAUCAUCCCUUAUUGCAUCGCGAUGAUCUCCAUUCAGUACAGUUAGGUACAAGUAAAAAAUCAGAUGUAACAAAAUUAGACGCGGCGACUUCAGAAGUGACGAAAUCGGAAGUCACAAACCCGGAAGUAGUGUUAUCAUGCAUAUCAGAUCAGAACGGGUCUUCACAGAAUACAAUUCUCGCCACGGCUGUAGUAUCCGUUCAAGACAAUAAUGGGUACAACCAUGAAUGUCGGAUACUUUUGGAUUCGGGAUCACAGGCUAAUUUCAUUACGGAUGCAUUCUGUAAGAGGUUAGGAUUAAAACUAUGUCCAUUCGAAGCAGAGAUAGCACUGUUAGGAUCAUUUGUCAAGUUGAUUAAGGGAAGGUCCGAAAUAAAGAUACGUUCAAGGCACAAUAAUUUUCAAAUUAGCGUUCCGUGUUAUUCAGUUAAGAAAAUUACAGAUGACAUGCCUAAUUUUCCGAUUCAGAGGGGCGCGAUUUUGAUACCCUCAAAUAUAACUUUAGCUGAUUCAAAAUUUGAGGAAAGUCGACAGAUAGAUAUGCUUGUGGGUUCAGGAAUAUUUUGGAAAUUACUAUGUGUAGGACAACAAAGAGCGGGUCCCAGCUUAACAUGGCAAAAGACUCAUUUCGGAUGGGUUCUCGGAGGAAUUUUGACCUGGCCAACCAAUAAUACCCACACGACCAACAGAUGUCAUUUAGUGACGAACUGUGAUUUACACGCGCAAUUAGAGAGGUUCUGGAAGGUCGAAGAGCUAGAUUCCGAGUUUAAGAAUACUAUGAAUGAAUGUGAGAUACAUUUUAAAGAAAGUACGCGGAGAGAUUCUACCGGACGAUAUAUAGUUAAGAUACCAUUUUUAGAAACUAUAAACAAUUUAGGAGAUUCUCGUGAACAGGCGGAAAAGCGUUUGCGCGCAUUGGAGAGACGGUUUGUGAAACAGCCAGAAUUACGCGAUCAUUAUAUCAGCUUCUUGAGAGAAUACGAAGAGUUAGAACAUAUGACUCAAAUCAAUGAGUCAAACGAUGAUAGGCCUGCAUAUUUCUUGCUGCACCAUGCAGUCUCUAAGGAGACUAGCACAACUACAAAAAUACGUGUUGUGUUCGAUGGCUCGGCAAAAUCUACCACAGGUCUGUCAUUGAAUGAUGUACAGAGGAUAGGGCCAGUUGUCCAAAACGAUUUAGUGACCAUCCUUAUUAGGUUCAGAACACACCGGUGUGUGUUGUCUGCUGACAUCACUAAGAUGUAUAGGCAGAUUUUAGUCGACUCAACGCAUCGGAGAUAUGUAUAUGAGUUAAUGUAUUAA